AGCGAGUCUACUGUAUUAGAGUAGAUGAACGUUGACCAGCCGGUCACCCAGGGAGCUAGCACUGAGUAUAAUAAUUUUUGAAAUAAAAAAAGUGAAUUAAUUACUGAAAGCCUUGCUUAACAUUGCACCUCAUCCUUCUCAUCAUCCUCAGUAUGGCUGCCAUUUACGCCGUAUAUACCUCUCCUACACAUCCGCCUAUUCCAAACCAUCUUCCUACUCUCAUAGUAACUCCUCAUGGUCAACCGUCUAACAUUCUCUACUCUUACCUUCAUACAAACUUUAAUUCAGAGAAUUACCUUUUGACUCCCUCUCCCCAAGGUGACCUCUGUGUCGCAAAGCUUUUCCCCCCACGCCAGAAUCCUGGUAAAGCUACUGCAUCCGACCCUGGUCAUUCAAACCCUCCCGCUGCCCGCUCCGUUCGAUGCGAAGCUUCCCGUAAUCUAAAGUGGUCAAUUGCAAAUACAGGUGUCAUAUCACCUAUCUACAAGCUCUCCCUGCCAUCCCCUGACUCCCCCGAUCUACCCCUCUUUCAAAUAUCCAAACCAAAUCCUAAUGCUGCUUUCUGGAGCAUGUUCUACUUUGCUUAUGCCGGUCACAAUAUACCCCCAAAGCGCAUCGAAUUUGGAAAGGUACAGAAGAACCCCCCAGGUCCAAACGGUGGCGGAACUAGAAUUAGCAUCACUGGAAAAUCUCCCGAGGAAAAAGCAGUCUGGCAGACUUUGGGAGAGGGAAACGAGGACUGUGUCGAAUGGGUCGUUCUCUGCGCAGUACUGAACCUUCUCGAUGAUGAGAUCAUGAAGGCCGCCGAGAAGAACCCACCUCCACCUGCCGCACCCGGUCCCAUGCCCAACAGUCCUCCUGGACCUGGUGGUCGACCGGCGCCUGUUGCGCUUCAUGACCCCGGUCCAACAUCCGCACCCCCUCCCCAAAGUCAACCACGCCCUGGCCCAUCGCAGCAGCAGCACCCACCCCGUGGUCCACCCCCUCCUCAUCUCCAAGGAGGAGGGCCAGGACCUGCCCCGGGCGGUCGUCCUCCACAAGGGUUCCCCCCUCCACGAGGAUUCGCACCUGGACAAGGACCCCCUCCAGGGUCCAUGCCACCUCCAGGGUCCAUCCCCCCUGGUCCUGCUCAAGGCGGUUAUCCUCAAGGGUUCGCUCCUGGACGUCACCCCCAGCCUCAGCAGCACCGCAUGCCGGGUCCCCCCAGUGGCCCUCCAUCUGCUAUGCUCCCUGGCCGUGCGCCACCCCCACAACAGCCAUACCCACAACAAAUACCCCAUCCUCAACAGCAACCAACGUCAAGACGCUUCUGAUACUCUGGUAUACCUGGACAGCUCAUUAUGAGACAGUCUACUUUACCCCUUUUACCCUCUCCUUGUCAUUUUUUGGUACCCGAUACCUUCAUAGGCGUCAUGAACUCGCUGACUCUGGACUAGUCUCUCUUUCGUCUUUUAGUGAUCGAUCUAGUUUGACCUUCUUGAUGAUAUUGUCACUCUUUCGAAUCCCUCCAGUGUACGUUACCAUGUGCUGCGGUUUUAUUGUCUUUCCAUAUUUUGCGGG